AUGAGUUACUUCCUGUCCUACUGUAAAGCGCACUGCACCACCGUACUUGCCCAGUACCAGACCCUGAGAUCAGAGGGCUUUCUGUGUGAUAUUUUGCUAAAAGUGAAGGAAAAUGAAUUUCCUGCACACAAGUCCUUGUUGGCAUGCUCCAGCGACUAUUUCCGAGCCAUGUUCAAAAGUUACACCCAAGAGUCUAAGGCCAGUGUAAUUCACUUGCAAGUUGUCUCACCCACUGGUCUCCAGCAUGUCCUGGAUUUCAUCUACACUUCCAUGUUGCCCCUGUCCUUUGAAAGCCUGGAGGAUACCUUGGAAGCUGCAAGCUACUUGCAGGUGACUGAUGCUAUUGGCUUGUGCAAUCAAUACUUAGUUAACAACCUUGCCUUGGAAAACUGCUGCUUCUCUGCCAACGUGGCCAGGAAGUUCUACUUGCCAGAUGCCUUAGAAGCAACAGAAAACUACAUUGUCAAAAAUCUCUGGAAGCUGCUGGACUUGGAUUUGCCAGGACUGCUCGAGCUGAACUUCAGGUCUUUGCUAGCAGUGGUUCAAUCACCAGAUCUCCCCAUAGUGAAAGAAAGCUGCUUGUUGAAUCUUGUGCUGCUCUGGCUGAAGCAGGAUAAGUCCAGGCUGGUUCAGACAAGCAGCCUUUUAGAGCACAUAAGAUACGGUCUCAUUCCAGUGGAAGAGCUGAGAAAAACCUACAGACAGUCAGAAGUACCUCUCUCAGCAAGUAUUAAGUGCCUGAUCAUUAAAGCAAUAAAUUACCAUACAUCUGUUUACAAACAGCCUGUCCUGCAGGAUAAGUCCACUACACUAAGGAAUGAGAAAACUCGCAUCAUUCUGCUGGGGGGAGGAACAGCAAGUGAGGGGCUUGUCACAGAUGUGGUGGCCUUCGAUGUUUACAAUCACAGAUGGCGAACUCUCACGAAGCUGCAGGACAGGGUGCAGAACCACAGCGUAUGCGUGGUGGGAAACUUCCUCUAUGUUUUGGGUGGGGAAAUAGAAAAUGGUGCUCCAGGUGACACUAAAACAGAAAAGAACCUAUCGGUUACAAACAAGGUCUACCGUUAUGACCCGAGAUUUAACACAUGGACCCAAAUCACAGGCAUGCUGGAGAAGAGAUGCCAGUUUUCUUGCUGUGUUCUAGGCAAGGAUAUCUUUGCUAUUGGUGGAAAGGGUGGGGAUGGGUCACUGCAUUCAUCUGUGGAAGUCUACAACAUCAGCAGGGACAGAUGGACAAAGGCAAGGGAAUUGCCAUGUAAGAUGCACGGCCAUGCCAGUGCCAUUUGCAGAAAUACUAUAUACAUCUCUGGUGGCAAGUACUCAGACCCAGCCAGCACAAGCAAGGAUGUAUAUUCUCUGAGCUCAUUUGAAGGGCAGUGGGUGAAACAAGCCCCCAUGAGCAUUGCUCGAUUUGGGCAUCAGAUGGCAACAAUCAGAGAAGCCAUAUUCACCUUUUUAGGAUUAUAUGAACCAUUCUCUGAAAUAGAAAGAUAUGAUCCUGAUCAAAACCAAUGGACUCGGUUAAGACCACUGAUCUAUGAUCGAUUUUCCUAUGGACUGGCAGUGGUAGAGGAAACGGCUCUUCUUAUUGGGGGAAAGAAAUGGCAAAACUCACAGGAAGUCCCCACGCAAGAUGUGGUUGGCUACGACAUUGACAAUGAUGGCUGGGAAGAGAUCUGCAAAGCUCCCUCGCCUUGGUGUGGGCUGCAGUGCGCGGUGCUGCAACUCUCUGAACUGGCCGAUGAGCAGGAGAGUGACAGCCAGCGGAAGAGGCGGCUGAACUGCUGA